CUUCAGUAGCGCGCGCACACACACACACACACACACACACACACACACACACACACACACACACACACACACAGACACACACACACACGCAGCUACUGCUGCUUCUGCACUGUACUGAAACGUUUAACGGGAGGACCGCUUAUAGGCGCGCGAGACAGCUCGAAAUGCGCUCUGGAGAGCAAUGUUUAAGACUCGCGGCACUGCUCGUGCUGCCGCCAUGUUUGUUGUUGUUUAACGUGGACGAGAAGGACAGCAUGUCGUUCAGUGGGCCGAUCGAAGACAUGUUCGGUUACACUGUGCAGCAGUUCCAGAACAGCGAGGGGAAAUGGGUUUUGAUUGGUUCUCCUCUGAAGGGACAGCCAGCCCAGCGAACCGGAGACGUCUACAAAUGCCCCGUGGGUCACGGCAGUUCUUCCAGCUGUAUAAAAUUAGACCUGCCUGAUAACACGACAAUCCCAAACAUACACGAAGUCAAAGCGAACAUGACCAUGGGGACGACUCUGGUGGCCAAUCCGGACGGGAACGGAUUUCUGGCUUGCGGACCUCAGUACGGAUACAUGUGCGGAAAUCAACAGUACAUCACCGGUAUCUGCUCCAACGUCAGCUCCUCCUUCCAGGUGCUUAACUCCAUCGCCCCGACCGUCCAAGAUUGUAAGCAGGACAUGGACAUCGUCAUCGUGCUCGAUGGAUCCAACAGUAUUUUCCCGUGGAGGCACAUCACAGAUUUUCUUGUCAAGUUUCUCAAAAAAAUUGAAAUCCCUCCAGCCAGGGUGGGCAUCGUGUCGUACGGAGACGACGUGGGCCACGUUUUUAACCUCAGCCAGUUCUCUACCACAGAGGACCUGGUGAAAAGCGCAUCUAAGAUCAAACAGAGGCAGGGUUUAAGAACCAUGACGGCGCUGGGAAUCGACACGGCGAGAAAAGAGGCGUUCACCGUUGAGCGAGGAGCCAGACCGGGGGUCAAGAAAGUCAUGGUGAUCGUGACGGAUGGAGAGUCUCAUGACGACCACAUACUGAAAAAAGUCGUCGAUGACUGUGAGAAGGACGGGAUCGAGAGGUUCUCCAUCGCUGUACUUGGUGAUUAUAACCGUCAAAAUAAAAGCAAAGAACAAGUGAAUAAAUUCAUCGACCAAAUCAAGUCCAUCGCAAGCAACAAAACAGAAGAUCAUUUCUUCGACGUAGAAGACGAGGGAGCUCUGGUGACCAUCGUCGAUGCUCUCGGGAGCAAAAUCUUUGCCUUAGAAGCUACCUCUGGGAACCACACGUCAUCUUUUGAGAUGGAGAUGUCCCAGUCAGGCUUCAGCGCUCACACGUCAAGAGCAGGUGUGAUGCUUGGCGCAGUGGGAGCGUACGAUUGGAACGGCACCGUCGUCAUGCAGUCAGGCAAGCGCUUUGUCGUGCCCAAGUACAACACCUUUCAUAACCCUCAAGUGGAGCGCUACCAAGGCAUGGCCGGAUACGUGGGUUAUGACGUGCAGUCAGCGCACACGCCCUCUGGAGUUCUUUACAUCGCCGGGGCUCCCAGAUACAACCACACGGGCCGAGUGAUCGUGUACCGCUUCAACGGAACUGACGUGACGGUCACGCAGAACCUGGAAGGAGAACAGAUCGGCUCGUACUUCGGCAGCGUCCUACAAACUCUGGACGUGGACAGAGACUCGUACACAGACCUUCUGCUGGUGGGAGCUCCCAUGUUCAUGGGACCUGAGAGAGACGAGCAAGGACAAGUCUAUGUCUACAGGCUCAACGAGGAGGGCUUGUUCGAACACGAGAUGACCUUACGGCCGGUAAACCAGACGUGCUGCACACCGCACUCACACACUUCCUGUACGAGUGUGAAUAAGAACGAGCCAUGCGGCGCUCGGUUUGGUACGGCCAUCGCCGCUGUUCCUGACCUCAACCUGGACGGCUUUAACGACAUUGUGAUUGGGUCGCCGCUGGAGAACGAUCACCGGGGGGCGGUGUACAUCUACCAUGGCACAGGGCGCACGAUUCGAGAAAAAUAUGUUCAGCGCAUAGCUGCUGGAGGUGAUGGUGAGAAGAUGAAGUUCUUCGGUCAGUCCAUUCACGGAAUCAUGGACUUGAACAAUGAUGGAAUUAUAGACGUCACUAUCGGAGGUAUCGGAGGAGCUGCACUGUACUGGUCUCGGGAUGUUGCCGAGCUCCAUGCCGAGAUGAGCUUCAGCGCCAACAAAAUCAACAUGCAGCAGCCAACGUGUCGAAUCCACGGCAAGGACACAGUGUGUGUGAAGACCAAAGUGUGCUUCAGAUACACAGUCAAGUCCGAAAAAGAGAAGAACCUGGCGACAUCGAUCCACUACACUCUGACUCUGGAUUCUCUGCGUGCCAUUGCGAGAGGAAGAUUCAACGAUACAGACGAGAGAAAAAUCCAGAAGAACGUCAACUUCAGUGACACGCUGUGCAUUGAACACUCCUUCUACAUGUCGGAAAAAUUAGAUUUCAGGGAUCCUCUGAUGGUGUCUCUGGACUUCGGGUUAGUGGAUGUAGACAAGGGUCCAGUGCUGGAUGGAACUCUACCAACAUCACUCAAUAAAACGCUGGCGUUAGUAGACUGUGGAAGUGAUGAGAAGUGUGUCGCUGAUUUAAAGCUCCAAGCUGCACCGAACAUCACCAGCAUUGUGAUUAAGGCCUACCAGGAGAAGUUCCAUGUCAGCAUUAACAUCAGGAACAGUGGAGAUAACGCAUACAACACCAAGGUCACACUCAGCACCACGGAAAACAUCAACUACGUCACAGUCGAGCCUAAAGAUAAAGACUGCGAGUUGAAUCACACCAAAGCCGUGUGUGCAGUUGGAUACCCGUUCCUCAAAUCCAACGCACAGGAAGACUUCAAGGUUCUCUUCGAGGUCAAUCCAUCUCACAUCCGCAAGGACAUCAUCAUCAACGUUACAGCCACCACUGAUAGUGAAGUGCUCAAUUCGAAUCUUCAGGACAACGUCGUGCACAUCUCCAUCCCUGUGAAAUACGAAGCCAGUCUGACCUUCACUGCUAAGAAGACCAUGAAGGAGGAUCGUAUCAUCUUGAAGGAGGGAGAAAAGGCACCGAGUGUCAUCAAUGACACCAGGCUGAUCGGAGAGGAGAUGAACAUCAGUUAUACAAUUGAAAGAGCUGCAGAGAAACAGAGUCCUCCUCUGAGCCUGACCGUCACGUUUCCGUACAAGACGCCGGCCGAUAACAUCCUUCUCUAUCUGACUCACCUCGCUCACUCAGCCAAUAUUAAUUGUACCAGUAGCCCACCUAGAGCCCAAAUUAACCCUCUGAAGAUCGGCCUCACGGGCUCGUACACACAGAAGGCUAAAGCUGAGACACUCAGUGACUAUCUGCUGAGCUGUAAAGAGACGGCCAACCCCUGCAUAUCGUUCAGCUGUGCUAUUCUUCCUGCCACAUUUAACCAGAUCAACGUCACCUUCAGAGUCUGGAAGCAGACGUUCAUCUAUGGCGAGUUUUCCAGUCUCUCCUUAACAGUUCAGGCUAAAUUGGAGAAUAAAGACAAGACUUUUUUCCAGUUAAGCCAAACUGACAAACACAGAGAGGUAAACGUACAGAUCCUAAAAGAGUCCCGAAGUGGAAUUCCUCUGUGGAUCAUUAUCCUCAGUAUCCUCAUAGGACUACUAAUACUGGCACUGGUUAUAUUUUGUCUCUGGAAGUUUGGAUUCUUUAAGAGAAAAUCAGUGGAAGACAUGAAGGAGGAUAUGAGAGAGAGUUAAAGGCUCCAGUUUUCAGGUCGGCAGACUUUCAAAGCCCUCAGGACAAAACACACACUCCCAGACCCACAGAGGCGCUACACAUUACACUUUACACUGAACGGACCAAAAGCGUCAUGUCACCGACAUCCUCACGGAGAUCUUGAAGAAACUGAAGAUCUAGAUUGUUUCAGAAACCAUGAAAGUCAGCAGUUGGACUUUUGGUUGUCGUCUUUUUCAUGUGUCGUGCCUUUCCAAACCCAGCACAUGAGCUCCACAUCUUUAUCUAAUUUAUCAUUAGAAUAACCUAGUAUGAGUUAUCGCUCCCAUUUGCCCAAUAUAAGCAGCAGAUCAGUCAAUCGAUAGAAGAAUCUGGAAUGAUUGACAGUCGUGUAGGUGUUUUAAACUGUACCGUACCGUUUAAAAGACACCCUUAUACAGAGUGUCUAAUAUUUUUUAUUUCAAUUUAUACAACUGAGAGUUAAGGGCCAUGCUCAGGGGCCCCACAGUUGCAGCUUGGUGAACCUAGGAUUAAAAUUCAUGCCCUUUUGUUCAGUAGGCCAACACCUUAAUCACUAGGCUACCACAUCCUACCUAGGUCACAUAACAAAUAUAAGAAGUCUACACAAAAUCACCACAGACAUUUUUAAACAAUUAAAAGUGGAGUGUGUGGUGUGUGUGUAUGUGAGAGAGAGAGAGAGAGAGAGAGAGAGAGAGAGAGAGAGAGAGAGAGAGAGAAAGUGGGUUGGUGAGUG